GGAUAUGCCUCGCAUGUUCUAUAUAAACCAACACAUACGAUUUAUCUAUGUACUUGUCCCAGGCGAAAUCGGACAUCGAUGUCAGAAAAUCCACCGAGAACAAACCCGAGCAAGCUCGCGGGCAAGGUGGCCAUCGUGACUGGUGGUGCCAGUGGCAUUGGAGAGGCCACGGCUCGCCUCUUCGCAGACCACAGGGCCCGUGCAGUGAUAAUCGCCGAUAUAAACAAAACCCUCGGCGAGCAGGUGGCGGAGUCGAUUGGGGCUCAGGCCCAGUUUGUGCACUGCGAUGUGACCCACGAGGAUCAGGUGAGGGACCUCGUCAACACCACGCUGCGGGCCCAGGGGACCCUGGACAUCAUGUUUAGCAAUGCUGGGAUAGUAAGCCCGCUGGAACAGACAGUCCUCGGCCUCGACCUCUCGUUUUUAGACCAGCUCUUUGCGGUCAAUGUUCGCGGGAUGGCGGCAUGCGUCAAGCACGCGGCGCAAGCCAUGGUCGACCGGGGCGUGAGAGGGAGCAUCGUGUGCACCGGAAGCGUCGCAUCCAUGUGCGGCGGGGUCAAGCGGACUGAUUACCACAUGUCAAAGCAUGCCGUGCUCGGGCUGGUGCGGUCGGCGAGCGUCCAGCUCGGGCCCAAGGGGAUCAGGGUGAACUGCGUCUCGCCCUACGCGCUUGCAAGCGGGCUGACUCGCCGCGCGCUUGGGAUGGAUGCGGCGGAUGACGUUGAGAAGGUUUACGGGCCCCACAUGCUGCUGAAGGAGAAGCCACUCAAGGCAAGCCACGUGGCGGACGCCGUUCUGUUCCUCGCAUCCGAUGAUUCGGAGCUCAUCACCGGCCACAAUCUGGUCGUUGACGGCGGCUUCCUCAUCCGAUCGACAGCCUGAAAACUUUGUUUUUCAAUUUUCUCAUUUAUACAUAUCCAAAAAACGAAGAAAUUAAUUCCUCCUUUUAUUAUUUUCUCGGAUAGCAGAAAAAUAAUGUUGUUGUAGUUGUAUAAUAUAUAAUAUGUAUAUGGGCUUCGAAGGAAAAGUUUCGUACUGGGAGUAUCGGAUCGAGGAAACAAGAGCUAAUAAUAAGUGCAAGUUACGAUUUA